AUGAAUCGUUUACUUGAAUUUCCAUUAAAUAGUCAUCCAAGAGCAGGUUGUUUAUCAAUACCAAAUGAUUUGAAUCCAAUAGGAUAUUUUGAUCCAUGUAAAGAAGGUUUAGUACUCAAAUUAAAUGAUUUAUGUCAAUAUGUUGAACAAUUACCAAAACAAAAUCAACAAACUGAUGAUGAAAAAUAUAUUACAAAACAAAAAGUUCUUUCUUAA